AAUCACAGUUGACAUAAAUAACUGCUGUCAUUCUAGUUUCCAUCACCUUUCUGAGAUAGCAGGUCCUAGAGUUAGUUGGGAUUUCCCUCGUGUUCCCAUAGCAACAGUAGGUCCUUUAAGCCUCGAGAGGGACAGGAAGUGCAGUUUGCCUUUCCGGCUUGCGUCCGUCACGUUUACACCCCGGAAGUUGAUGCUACGCCGUUGUACAUGGCCGCGCCCUGUAAGGAUGCCGCUCGUGGUGUUUUGCGGGCUGCCGUACAGUGGCAAAAGCCGGCGCGUGGAGGAGCUCCGUGGGGCUCUGGCGGCUGAGGGCCGCGCGGUGUACGUGGUGGAUGACGCGGCGGUGCUGGGCACCGAGGACGCGACCGUGUACGGCGAUUCGGCCCGUGAGAAGGCGUUGCGCGGCGCUCUGCGAGCUGCGGUGGAGCGGCGCCUGAGUCGCCACGAUGUGGUCAUUCUCGACUCGCUUAACUACAUCAAGGGAUUCCGCUACGAGCUUUACUGCCUCGCGCGGGCGGCGCGCACCCCGCUGUGCUUGGUAUAUUGCGUGCGGCCCGGCGGUGUGAGCGGGGGACCUCAGGUGGAGGGUGCGACAGACAACCAAGGCCAGAACGUCAGUGUGAGUUGGAGGCCGCGCACUGAGGAGAGAGGGAGACCUCUGGUGGCUGGCGGCAGUGCCCUCAGGGAACCCCAAACAGUGGACUUCGUAGUAAGUGGAAGAACCCAGGUCAAUGUACCUAAAGAACUGGAGCAGGAGAAUACCAAAGCGCCAGAUCUUCCAGCUCGUGUGACUCCAGACUUCGAUAAAGAUGCAAAGGGUGAUUCAAGUGCCUUAUAUCCUCCUGAACUUAUGGAGGCUCUAACGCUGCGCUUUGAGGCUCCCGACUCUCGGAACCGCUGGGACCGGCCCCUCUUCACGUUGGUGGGCUUAGAGGAGCCGUUGCCCCUGGCAGAGAUACGGGAUGCCUUGUUUGAGAACCAGGCUCCCCCACCUCAUCAGUCUACACAGUCCCAGCCCCUUGCCUCUGGCAGCUUUCUGCACCAGUUGGAUCAGAUUACGAGCCAGGUGUUGGCGGGAUUGAUGGAAGCCCAGAAGAGCGCGGUCCCUGGAGACUUGCUUAAGCUUCCUGGAACCACUGAGCACCUGCAGUUUACCCGGGCUUUGACCAUGGCAGAACUGAGUCGCCUCCGUCGCCAGUUUAUUUCCUACACCAAAAUGCAUCCCAACAAUGAGAACCUUCCUCAGCUGGCCAACAUGUUUCUGCAGUAUCUGAACCAGAGUCUGCACUAACAAGGCUCCUGGUGUAACCUCCCCUGCUCUCUGUUUUUCUUGAUAGAGUAAUCUCAGUCUGCAGAACA